GAGGCUCACUGUGUCUCUCAAUGGGGAGACAAGUUUCGUAAGAUAUUCGCUGAGCUCGGCAGACUGCGAUCGCUCGCCCCCUUGCAUGUCCCUUUCCUAGCUACAUCGGCGACGCUACCCCCCCUUGUUCUUGAUGAGAUACGCCUAAAGCUA